AUGGCAACACAAGAAGUGGAUAACAUUUUGGCCAAAGAAGAACUAGUAGACUUCAGCAUUUACUAUUUGGACUUAGUGGAAUGUCCAUUAGACCCUAACCAUAAACUUCGACGUCAUAGAUUACCAAACCAUCUGAUGAAGUGCAAGAAGUCAUUUCCAAAUAAAAUAAAAUGUCCUUAUGGCCAUUACUUUUAUACGGAAAAAGAUGAGAUGGCCAAUCAUUUACAAAUAUGUUCAUAUAAGCCAAAGUUAUCUCGAGUUGAAGUAAAACCUAUUCAAAAAUCUAAAAAUAUUAAUUAUAACUACGAUGUUGACAAUNUACGUUUAUUUUAAUUGCAAUUCUUACUGCUUCUCCCCAUGCCAUGUCCUAACUAUCUUAGUUUAUCUAUUAUUGAAACCUUUUAUAUACUCAUCUCUUAUCAUAUCUUCUAUUAUCACUUCAUUGAUCCACCUAAGCAUUCUCAUCUCUGCUACAAUCAUCUAGGUUCUAUUUUUCUGCCUAGCCCCAACACUUUAAACCAUAUAACAUAAUCAGUCUCAUUAGAAUUCUCUCAUCUCAAAACAUCUGGCGCUCUCAUAAAAGUCAUCAUUCCUUUGUUCAAAAGAUCCAAAGUACUUAAAACUCAGCCUCAUUUAUAACCCUUUAUGUUGUUAUUUUUUUAUUUUUUAUAUUAUAAAUCCAUAGAUUUGUUUGUUGCAGCUCUUCAUGCUUCUCUAUCCUAGCACAGUUAUUUCCGGUUAUUGUAAUUUCCCUUAUUUGUAUCCUGCAUUAUCUGUGUCAUGUAUUCUGCUCUUGGUCUUGCUCUAGCAAUGUGUCCUUUAACAUCUUUAAUUAUUUUCUUUAAUAAACUUUCAUCUCUUAAUAUGUGCCCUAUCAUUUUGUCUCUUCUCGAUUGAAUACUUUUCCAUAUUUUUCAUUGUUCCUUUAUUUUAUUUAAAACUUCCUUAUUCGUUACCUUCUCGGUCCAUGGUAUUUUUAGUAUUUUCCUGAAGAACCAAAUAUCAAAGGCUUCUAGUCUUUUUUUUUUCCAUUGAGUUUAUUGUCCAGGUUUCGGAUUUAAAGAUUGCUACAGUCCAUUGUAUAACUUUUUAGGAAUUUCUUCCUUAUCUCCCGACUGACACUAUUGGUAGUUAAAAUGUGGCUUUUGUGUCGAAAGACUCUUUUCACCUGUGCUAUCCUGCAGAUUGUAUUUGUUUUGCUGCAGCCAUCCUCUGUUAUAUUGCUUCCUAGGUAUGUGAAUAGCUGUACUUGCUUUAUUUGUUCAUUGUCAAUAUUUAUGUUGAGUCGAACCGAAUAAGCUUUACUGCAUACCAUAACUUUCGUUCGUUUUUUGUUCAAUUGCAUUCUAUACUUAAUUUUUAGAAUUUUAUCUAUUGUUACUAGGGUAUUUUGUAAGUCGUCUUCAUCUUCCGUGCAGAAAGCUAUGUCAUCCGCAAAUCUUAAUACAGAUACCAUUGUUCCUCCUAUUCACGCUCCUUACUGUAUUUCUGCUCUCAAUCCUUUCAUUGCCUCUUCAAUGUACAAGUUGAACAGCAUCGGCGUCAAGAUACACCCCCGUCUAACUCCUUUUUUAUUUUUACUUCUUGUUCUUUCCCAUCUAUCUGUAUUAAGACUGGCUUUUGUACAUAUUAUAGAUAAAUCUUCUAUCGUUAUAUAUGAGGGCACUAGUUUCAAAGUGUACAAUCUCCAUGUUUCAUGGAAAUUGAGAAAGAUAUUGUUUAAUAUUCAAUUGUUAGUGCUGAAUUCGAACAACUCGCUAUUAUCGAACAAAAUGGUCAAUCCCCAAUGUAUUUUUAAGAUUGAAAAUUACAUUUAGUUUCAAAAAGUGCAAUCUCCUUUGACAAGUAUAAUAAUAUUGUUACUAUUAUAUUAUAAUAAAUUAUAAUGUAUUUAAUUUAUAUUUAAUAUUAUUAAAUAUACUUAUCAUGGGUUUACUGUUGUGAGAUCCACUUCUAAAAGUAAAUUUAAUCCCAAUACAGUCACCUCUUUCUGUUGAAAUGAAAAUUAAUAUGAUAAAGGUUCAAAUGAGAUUGCUUCCUGUAUUCAUCAAGUUUUGGAAUUGUCAGAUUUUACUGAUAUUCAUACUAUUAGGCUUAUGUGUGAUGGUUGGUCAGGCCAGAACAAAAACACCACACUAAUUUCAAUGUGUUGCAACUGGCUCGCCAAACAAAAUGUAAUUUGAAAAAUUGUAGUUUUAUACCCAGUAAGUGGAUACUCUUUUAUUACUCCUGAUCGUGUAUUUGGUCACGUCGAAGUGAAGUGCAAAAAGAAAGAAAUAAUUUUAGAACCUCAAGAAUAUUUGGAUAUUUUUUCAAAAUAUAAAACUGUCCUGAAAGUUGGAAAGGAUAUUGAAAUUUAUGACUGGAAAACUCAAACGUACAAGUUCGUUAGGCCUCUAGAACAGUGGCACUUUUAUUUUUCCAAAAUGAAAAGAAUGAUUAUCACAAAAAACUCAAAAGGUGUAGUGUAAGUCAGCAGUGAAGGCGUGUACAAUUCGAAUUUUGGAAUGGGAAAACCAAUUACAAAAAAAACAAGAAACAUUAGUGAAAUGAAUUCCGCCAAAAUUCCAACGCGGAAUGUUCUUAUCACUAAUAAGAAAACUGAUGUAAAUAACUUACUAACUGCUCAUCAUGGAAAUGAGUGGAAAAAUGAUCAUGGUUUAAUUUUCUUUUAAAAAGUCAUAGAGGGACAUAAUACUCCAGCGGACACAUUAUUUCAGUUAUUCGUUUUAUUUUUAUAUAUACAAUUAUUAUUUAUAUAUUUAUUUUUAGAUUUCCGUGAAAAUAUAACAAUGGCAACACAAGAAGUGGAUAACCUUUUGACCAAAGAAGAACCAGUAGACUUCAGCAUUAACUAUUUGGACUUAGUGGAAUGUCCAUUAGACCCUAACCACAAACUUCGACGUCAUAGAUUGCCAUACCAUCUGGUGAAGUGCAAGAAGUCAUUUCCAAAUAAAAUAAAAUGUCCUUAUGGCCAUUACUUUUAUACGGAAAAAGAUAAGAUGGCCAAUCAUUUACAAAUAUGUUCAUAUAAGCCAAAGAUAUCUCGAGCUGAAGUAAAACCAAUUCAAAAAUCUAAAAAUAUUAAUUAUAACUACGAUGUUGACAAUUAUGAAUGUCAGGAGCCUUAUUGGGAUUAA